UGGCGAAUGGAACGGGUAUGCCUUUGCCGUCAUAACUUAAAUUGGUACAUAGCAGUCUUCAGAAAAAACGCAACAAGUACAUGAGGACAAGGCAAAAAGAAUCAAAUUGUGGAUAUGCAUGGAUAUUUUAUAUCUCCGAGGAUGUAUCACAAUAAGCCAGUGCAUGUUUAUUAUCGCAGAUGAUCAACAGUACACUUCCCUGAUGAGAUCCCGACUGCCAGAGGCAGAGGUCUGAGUGACACGACACACUCAGGGCCCCAGCGGAGCCCCUUCGCCACAGCUGACCAAGGCAGAGGCGACCCCUCUUCCAAAAACUUCCUGCAUUCGGCACGACCUGCGGAUUCUAACCCCCCCCUCCCCCCCCCCCCUUCCCCCCGCCCCCUUCACCACUCCUGUUCCAGUCCGGUCACUCCUAUUUCCCGCGUGCGUUGGACCCCGCAAGAGUUCAAAACUGUUUCUCCAAAGGUUCUUCCAAAAACUCAGACUGUUCCCCAAGGCGGACUCCACGCAGCCCUCCCAGGCGCAGGCAGAGGCGAUGGGCAGCGUGCGGGCCCACCGCUACAGCAUCGUGUCCUCGGAGGAGGACGGCAUGAAGCUGGCCACCAUCGCCGUGCCCAACGGCUACGGCAACGGCCAGGGCAAGGUGAACACGCGGCAGCGGUCCCAGAGCCGCUUUGUGAAGAAGGACGGCCACUGCAACGUGCAGUUCGUCAACAUGAGCGAGAAGGGCCAGCGCUACCUGGCCGACAUCUUCACCACCUGCGUGGACAUCCGCUGGCGCUGGAUGAUGCUCAUCUUCUGCCUGUCUUUCCUCCUCUCCUGGCUGUUUUUUGGCUGUGCCUUCUGGCUGGUUGCCAUCUUCUACGGCUCGCAGAAGUGCGUCGCCAACGUCAACAGCUUCACGUCGGCCUUCCUCUUCUCCGUGGAGACGCAGACCACCAUAGGCUAUGGCUACCACUACGUGACAGAGGAGUGCCCUGUGGCGGUCUUCAUGGUGGUCUUCCAGAGCAUCGUGGGCUGCAUCAUCGACGCCUUCAUCAUCGGCGCCGUCAUGGCCAAGAUGGCGAAGCCCAAGAAGAGGAACGAAACGCUGGUGUUCAGCCACAACGCCACCAUCGCCCUGCGUGACGGCAAGCUUUGUCUCAUGUGGCGUGUGGGCAACCUGCGCAAGAGCCACCUGGUGGAGGCGCACAUCCGGGCGCAGCUCCUCAAGUCCCGCACCACGGCCGAGGGCGAGUUCAUCCCACUGGACCAGGUGGACAUUGACGUGGGCUUCGACAGCGGCCUGGACCGCAUUUUCCUGGUCUCCCCCAUCACCAUCGUCCACGAGAUCGACGAGGACAGCCCCUUCUACGACAUGAGCAAGCAAGACCUGGAUUCCUCCGAGUUCGAGAUCGUGGUGAUCUUGGAGGGGAUGGUGGAGGCUACAGCUAUGACCACGCAGUGCCGUAGCUCCUACGUGGCCAGUGAGGUCCUGUGGGGCCAUCGCUUUGAGCCUGUCCUCUUUGAGCAGAGGAGCUACUACAAGGUGGACUACUCCCGCUUUCACAAGACCUACGAGGUGCCCAGCACACCACUUUGUAGCGCCAGGGAGUUCGCAGAAAAGAAGUAUGCCUCGUCCAGCUCCAACUCCUUCUGCUACGAGAACGAGGUGGCGUUGACGGACAAGGAGGAAAUGGAGGAGGACGACAGUGGGGGCGGUAGCGUGGGGCCCGAGGGUACCAACACGGACGCUGUAUCGGACUCUGGGCCCAACCAGUGCAUGGUGCCUCCUGACCCCAGGACCCUGCGUAGGGAAUCAGAAAUAUGACCGUUUGGACAAACUGAGCAGAGAUUUGAGGUUCCUGUAAAAAAGGAACGUAUAAGCUGAACUAUCCCUCACGCCCUCCACUUCUGAGCCCAAUGGACCGGCCGUGAAGGAGUGUGGAGUAGCUGGACUGAGAACUUAAAAUAAGAGUGUUAUUCUUGAAAAGAUGAAGGGUUGGGAGGACAGGGGUACAGGACGGAGGCACUGUUGGGUUUGUGCAGAUACAGAGGCAAAGGCUGUCGGAGAAAAAAACAGAGAAUGGAUUAUGGUAUGCUAAUUAUGGUUUAUUGAAUCAACAAAUAUGUGUGGGUAAAUAAAAUCUGAAGGGAAAGAACCAAGAGAAAAAACAGUGAAAACAGAAAAGCUAACAGCAAUGUCCUGUCAUAUUUCAUCUGUCCUGCAGAGAUGAAAAAACAAUAGGUUUAUUUGCCUUAUUUACUAUGAGGAGCUGCUAUAGAUCACACCUUUUCACCUUUUUUCACAGUGGUAUUUUUUAAGUAAAAAGCACUUUAAACAAUGAAGUGCCCCCUGGAGUAGGAAGUAUAUAUAUAUAUAUAUAUAUAUAUAUAUAUAUAUAUAUACAGUAUAUAUAUAUAAAAUGUCACAAUGAAAAAAAAACCAAAGAAGCUAUUUUUUGCACAGAAAUUAAAAAAAUGUGGUCCUGGUCUAGAAAGUUCUGAAGCCUUGUUUUAAUCUGACCAACGUUCCUGCAGGAACAGUACUGGCGGUAGGAAAGAGAUUCUUGUUAGAAAGAGAGGAACGGCUGGGAUUUUGAGGAACUUCCGUCAUGCUUGCUGCUCAUGGCAGAAAUCUUGAAACCAAUUGAAUGCUGUGACUGCCAACAUUAAGUAAAUAUUUAUUCUGAAAGAGAAAAACGAUAACCCCUCUAAUGGAAAGUGAGAGUUGAAAAUGUUCCGAUCUCUGUGCAGCCUUUUUUACAGUGUAAUGCCAACAACUGACGCACGCUGUCGGUACUCAUUUGGCUGCCGUACUGUAAGUUGACACCUAUUGCAAGUAAACUAGUACAUGGUCUGUUAAUGAGCUGGCCUCUUAACUGAGACACAAACCUGCUUUUUUUUAACACGAUUGUUAAAGUGAUGUGAUGUGUUUUGGUCCCAUGGCACCCAAUCUUUAAGCAAGAGACCUUUGCAUAGUGACUGCGACACCAUUAAAGAAGCUGAAAUGAGUGCAUGGUGGAGUGUGUGCAUGUGUCGGGGGUGGGGGGGGGGGGUAGCAUACAUUUGUGUCAGAGCAGGGCUAAUAUGAGAGCACGUACAUUAUACGUGUAGGUCGAUCCGUCUUCGUCUUGACUAAGUAUAGCAUAGCCUUGCAACAUGAGAAUCUGGGCCAGAGUCAGAACAUCAUUCAGAAAAAUGGGGAAAAACUUAGCAUUAGCCACUUUGAGGUGACUGUCUGCAGGAUAUUUACAGAUAGCUGUAAUGGUGAGGGUUAGAAGGCUGGUUGAGGGGUGUUUGGAGUGUCAUAGUAACAUGUCAGCUUUUGUUGAGCAAUGCAGGGCCAUUAGUUUGGUAGCAGACCACACCCUAAACCAUCAAGACAGCCUUGUCUGUAAUCAACUGAGUAAAUGAAUGUCAGAGAAAAAGUGCUGCUAAGUAAUACACUGAAAUAUUCAAAAGAAAGACUGAUGGCCGAAAUGUAUUAUCCUUCUCUGAAAUGAACUUUUUUUUUUUUUUUAAGUAAACAAGAAAUAUUUCUUAGAAACGCAGAGAGACUAUUUCUUAACAAGUAGGUCAAGCACUGUGCUUUUGGUCUGUGAACCAAAAAUGGGGCACUCCCUCUAAUAGAAUGGUUUUCUUUUUUUUUGUGUUUUUCUAAUGCAAAUGUAAAUAUAAGAAACUAUUUUCAUAUUUAUAGCCAAAUGUAAAUGAGUAACUGUGUGAAAAAGAGAGGAUUACUCUGUUAUAUAACCCCCUUAAUUACCAUUUCAGCUGGAUAGAGUUUAAGUCCUUUGAGUUAAUCUGGUUGAAGUGCUGCUGUCUCCCUGUGUUGUGCAUUCAUCAGUUUGAAUUUAGGAACUUUACAUUGAACAAGCCCCAUAACGAGAGAGAAUUAAAUGGUGCACGCUCCUUAAUUUAUUUAUUUUCAUUCUUUCUCUUUGUUGUAACAUAAAAAGUAUUAUUAUUAUUAUUAUUAUUAUUAUUAUUAUUUAAUUACUAUACCUUGAAAAAUCUUGAAUGAAUGGUGAUAGCAUUAUGACAUCACAACCUCAAACCUGUGUUCAUGUCCUGUCAGUGUUCCUGUUGACAUUGGAAAGUAUCUCGGUCAAGCGCCUUGAAACGCACAAAAUAUUUCUGACAUACCGGUGAAGCAAAUAAAGUGACUGUUCCUCAGCAGAAGAGGACCAUACAUGACACACUCUAGGUCAGACUUGGGCCAAAUAUGUAAUUGCUUUGGAUUCAAAUACUUCUCUACACUUUACUGAGCUGGUGUAUUGGAACCUACGAAAUGCUCUCAAAGUGAAAACCCCACCUUCUGGUUGGCUCAGUUGCACUACACAAGAUCAAUCGAGCACAGAAUCCAAAACAAUUACAUAUUUGACCCAGGUCUGCUCCUGGUGUUUGUAUGAAAUGGUUUAGGUAACUGUUUAAAAAGGUGAGAGUGGCGUGUCAUGCACAUGGAGGACCCGUGGUCUACACUGAAUAUGGCACACUGGAAAGGUCACGCUGUGUCCUCGUAGCUUGGGAUAAAUAUCAAACCCCUGAAUUACAGGACAUAAAAGGCUUCUCCCCAAGCCUUAUUGCAUCAGCACUCACGAGAACCUCCCUAAAACCCAAAUAUUUUUGAUGAAAUAACACACAGACAAGACUUCUAUUUAAUCAUUACUACAUUUAGUAUCAGACACAAGCUACAGGGAAUUUGUUUUAUAAAUUCAAAUUGAAAAUGCCUAGUUCAGCAGAAGCAAUAUAAUGUUUUAUGCACAUUUUUCUGAAAGUGAAUCUUGGGGUAAAUAAAGAUUAUGCGCCAAAAGUACUGAUGUGGUAGAGUGUGCUUCUCUGAGCCAGAAGAGUUUGCAUAUAGCGAUGUCUUGAUGGCUAGUGGCAGUGCUAGCCUUCCUGUGUUAGUAUCAUUAAAUGAAGGCCUUGCCAUCAUUUUAGCUUUACUUUUCAUAAAGACAGCAUCAUUUACAUGUCUUUUUGUAUCAGAUAUUUUUGUCUUCCUAAUGUAUAACAAAAACCACGGAAUGUACAGAUUUCUAUGUUCUGGACAAUCUUGUUAUUAUUAUUAAUAUUGUUAAUAUGAUUGUGUACCAUUUGGCUUUGUUUUUGUUUUGUUUUUGUUUUUUCAAUAAAAUAGCAACAAAUUAAAAGAAA